AUGGCGAUCUUGGAUUUUUUCUCUACGGGUAAAAUGCUUCGUCAGCUCAAUCACACUCUUAUUGCUCUCAUCCCAAAGACGGCUACGCCAGCUAGUGUUACGGAUUAUCGGCCGAUUGCUUGUUGUAACGUGCUUUAUAAAUGCAUUAGUAAGAUUAUUGCUGAUCGCAUUAAAAUGGCGCUAGAUGGGAUUGUUCGUGUGAAUCAAUCCUCUUUUGUUCCAGGAACUCGGGCCCCCCCUAGAUGUGCUUUCAAAGUGGAUAUCCAGAAAGCGUAUGACACGGUUGACUCUAAAUUCUUAAAGGAUAUUCUGCUAGGGUUUGGUUUCAAUGCUCGGAUGGUGGAUUGGAUUAUGAUUUGUGUGGGUACGCCGUCGUUCUCAGUGUGUAUUAAUGGCAAUGUGCAUGGUUACUUUAGAGGUAAGAGUGGGUUAAGGCAAGGAGAUCCGUUAUCCCCUUACCUCUUCACGCUGGUUAUGGAAGUUCUGACAACCAUUUUGAAACGCGAGACAUCUCUUGAUUCUUCAUUCAGAUUUCAUAAAAGGUGUGAACGUCAGCGAAUUAUUAAUCUGUGUUUUGCAGAUUACUUGUUCAUUUUUGCUAGAGGGGAUUUGGAUUCAGCCAAGUGCAUUAUGCUUUCGCUAUCUAAGUUUACUAAAAUGUCAGGUUUGAUUCCUAGUAUUCAGAAGAGUACGGUUUUCUUUUGCAAUGUAGCUAGUAAUGUAAAGAAUGCGAUUCUGAAUGUGCUGCCGUUUGUGGAGGGUUCGUUACCGGUUAAAUAUUUGGGUGUCCCCUUAGUAUCCACGAGACUUCUGUACAAGGAUUGUAGUAUCCUUGUGGAGAGAUUGGAGAAGCGUAUUAUGAAUUGGCGGAAUAAAAUGCUGUCAUUCGCAGGGAGAUUACAGUUAGUUCUGUUAGUUCUUUCCUCGAUGCACAUUUAUUGGGCUUCCGUUUUUAUUUUGCCAACUCGGGUGAUUCACGAUUUGGAGGCGAGAAUGAGGAAUUUUUUAUGGACUCAGGAUGUUUCGUUCCAAAGAGGGAAGGCUAAGGUUUCAUGGAAAUCUGUUUGUCUUCCUAAAUUUGAAGGUGGGCAGGGUAUUAGACGGAUUGGAGAUGUCAACAAGGCUCUUAUGGCAACUCAUAUUUGGAGCAUUCUCACUAAACGUAAGUCGCUUUGGGUUGACUGGGUGUAUGAUUACAGGUUGAAAGGCAAGAGUUUUUGGGUAUGUAAAAUGCCUGCUAAUUGUAGCUGGAGUUGGCGAAAGCUCCUUCAGCUAAGGCCUUUGAUGCGGGAUCAUUUCAGGGUUCAAAUCGGGGAUGGGAGAAUGACUUCAGCCUGGUAUGAUUCGUGGUCCGAUGUGGGGCCGCUGGGCAAUUUCAUUUCUCCUAGGAGAAUAACAAAUGCAGGGUUUCGUUUGGAGGACUCAGUUGCGGACGUUUAUGAUAAUGGGGAGUGGCUAUGGCCAGCCGCGUGGCGGGAUAUCCUUCCGGUCCUUAUACAACUUGAUCCGAUCCAGUUAAGUCCUAAUAAAAGAGAUACAAUCAAAUGGAAGGAUGGGAAUACGAUGUUGGAGGUAUCUGCUUCGAAUAUGUGGCAAACGGUUCGACAUAAUGAAGCGGAAGUGGAUUGGAGCAAGUUAGUUUGGUGUGCUAAAUGUAUUCCUAGGCAUGCGUUUCUCAUGUGGCUGAUUAUGAGGAAGAAAUUGCUAACCCAAGACAUUAUUCUACAGUGGGAUUUAUCUCGCAGGAAGAAUAUGAAUAUGAUGUGUUGCUUGCUUUGUUAUGAGAAUCAUGAUUCUCACAAUCACUUAUUUUUUGAGUGCAAGUGCUCAUCGAAAAUAUGGAGUACGGUUAGGCAAAAAGUAGGAAUGGAAGAUGUUGAUCCAAAGUGGGAUGAUGUGGUGGGAUGGCUUUUAAUGCGUGUUAACUCCAAAGCGGCCGGUAUGUAUGUCAGCAGGAUUUUAGUAGCGGCUACUGCUUAUUUUAUUUGGCAAGAAAGAAACUCUAGAUUAUUCAAGAAUCAUUUAAGACCUCCAGAGCAAUUGUGUCAAGUAAUAUUGGAUACGGUUCGGUAUAAACUCAUGGGAGUUCGGUUGAAGAGAACUGAUAGAGUGGCAAGGCUGUUGCAGGAUUGGGAUAUUCGUGAUGAUGGAUUCGAAGGUGGCUGA